AUGGCGGAGAGUUUUCAGAAGAAAGUGACUGACUCCCCUGACACAAUACUUAAGAAUGGGUUGAACAACAGAUACCGUGUGUUGGAAGUCAGCGUAAUACAGAGAAACGGAAGUGACCCCGAGAAACACUUGACAAUUACAGCAUCUCAGUCACUGGAAGAUACAGAACUGUGCAUUCUUAGGAAUGGCUGGGAGUCUGUUCCAGUUGUUCCAGGAGACAUCAUUCAUUUAGAAGGGGAGUGUAGCUCUGGUACCUGGAUAAUAAAUGAACAGUCUGGAUACCUAGUUCUUUACCCAGAUCUGCUGCUUUCUGGCACUACGAUAUCAAAUAGUAUUCGAUGUAUGAGACGAGCAGUGCUGAGCGAAAGGUUUAGGGGCUCCGAGUCUGGUUCACGCCAAACCCUCAUUGGUACAAUUCUUCAUGAAAUUUUCCAACAAUCGGUAACAAAUAACUUGGCACAAGAAAAAGUUGAAGAACUAGCAAAUAAAAUUGUAUAUGGACAAAAGUAUCUUAAAGAAAUGUAUUACUUAAAUCUGAAACAAUCGGAAAUAAUGCAGGAAGUGGAAGAGUAUUUGCCAUCUUUUUUUAAAUGGGCGGAAGACUUCAUGCACAAUCCAGCUAAUCAAAAUACAAUGCAACUAAAACUGUCAAGUGGUGAAAAAACAGAUUUCUCUUCUAAGGUAGAGAUUGUAGAUAUUUUGGACAUUGAAGAGAGUAUCUGGUCUCCCAGGUUUGGGUUGAAGGGAAAGAUUGAUGUUACAGCCAGGGUGAAAAUUCAUCGCCAGUCUGGAGUACAGUCUAGGAUAAUGCCGUUAGAGCUCAAGUCUGGCAAGGAAUCUAACUCCAUAGAGCACAGAAGUCAGGUUAUUCUGUAUACACUGUUGAAUUUAGAACGGAGAGUAGAUCCCGAAGCUGGAUUUCUUCUUUAUCUUAAAACUGGUACUAUGUACCCUGUUUCUGGAGCUCGCAUGGACCGAAGAGAAUUAAUGAAGUUAAGAAAUCAUGUGGCGUUCUACUUAACACACACUACAUAUAAAUCUGCCGUGGGAAGACAGCAGUCGCAGCUUGCUGCUUUGCCUCCUGUAAUUGAUGACAGUCAAGCCUGUAAAUAUUGCUCCCAAAUACACAAUUGCUGUCUAUACAGCAGAGCUGUAGAACAAAAGAUGGACAGCGUGUCUUUUCCUCCUGCUAUGGUACCCAUCAUUGAAAGAGAGACCCAGCACCUGAAACCCUCCCACUUAGAGUAUUUCAGCCUCUGGUAUCUAAUGUUAACCUUGGAGCUGCAAAGUGGAGAGGGUAAAAAGGGAUAUAAAAAUAUAUGGAUGAUACCUUCUUUGGAAAGAGAGAAGGCUGGAGAUUGUAUUGGAAACAUGAUCAGAAUUGAUCAAGUGCAGGAAAUUUCCGAGGGACAGUAUCUACAUUUUUUCCAACGUAAAAAUGGUGCCAUACCUGGAACAAACCUAUUGGCUGGUGAUAGAGUGAUUGUGAGUGGAGAGGAAAAUGGUUUACUUGGUUUGGCUACUGGCUAUGUUAGAGAAGUCAGUGUGACAAAAGUCUCCUGUUUGUUGGGCAGGAAUUUGUCAAAGCUCCCCAAGAACACUGUAUUUAGGUUGGAUCACGAAGAAGGAGAUUUUGGUAUAGGAGUCCCCUUUGAAAACCUUUCUAAAUUGAUGAAAGAUUCCCCAGUCAGUGAAAGGCUCCGCAACUUGAUAAUUGACUUCCAGAAACCACAUUUUAUUCAGCAUUUGAGCUCUGUCCUUCCUCCAGAAGCAAAGGAAACUGUUGCAAAUAUUUUAAAGGGUCUGAAUAAGCCUCAGAAGCAGGCAAUGAAACAAGUACUACUUUCAAAAGACUACACACUUAUUGUGGGUAUGCCUGGAACAGGAAAAACUACUACAAUAUGUGCUCUAGUGAGAAUUCUUUCUGCUUGUGGCUUCAGUGUUCUUCUGACUAGUUUUACACACACUGCUGUAGACAAUAUCCUGCUAAAGCUAGCCAAAUUCAAAGUUGGUUUCUUGCGCUUGGGGCGAGCUCAGAAAGUUCAUCCAGAUAUACGGAAAUUUACAGAAGAAGAAAUUUGCAGGUCCAAAUCAAUGAAAUCUGUAACAGAUUUGGAAGAGGUCUACAACAGUCAGCCAGUGGUAGCAACGUCUUGCAUGGGAGUAAAUCACCCCAUCUUCAUUCAGAAGCAAUUUGAUUUCUGUAUAGUUGACGAAGCUUCCCAAAUAAGCCAGCUCAUCUGUCUGGGCCCGCUAUUCUGCUCCAAAAGGUUUGUGCUGGUAGGGGAUCAUCAACAGCUACCUCCGCUUGUACUGAACGCUGAAGCAAGAGAUCUUGGCAUGAGUGAAAGCUUAUUUAAAAGGCUGGAACAAAACCAAAAUGCUGUUGUCCAAUUAACUGUGCAAUACAGAAUGAAUAGUAAGAUUAUGUCACUGAGUAACAUGUUAGUGUAUGAAGGCAAACUGGAAUGUGGCUCAGAGAAGGUGUCAAAUGCCACUGUUAACUUGCCCAACCUAAAAAAACUGAAACUGGAUCUUGCAGAUGCUUCAAAAACAUGGUUGAAAGAAGUACUUGAUCCAGACACACCUGUGUGUUUUCUGAACACAGAGAAGGUCCCAGCACCAGAACGUGCAGAAAAAGGUGGUGUAAGUAAUGUGACAGAAGCCAAACUAGUACUUUUCCUCACAUCCUUAUUUAUUAAGGCUGGCUGCAAGCCUUCAGACAUUGGCAUUAUAUCACCAUACAGACAUCAAUUAAAAACAAUCACUGAUUUGAUUGCAAAAUUGAAGGAGAACAGAGUGGAAGUCAACACAGUAGACAAAUACCAAGGAAGAGACAAAAGUAUCAUAAUUGUGUCUUUUGUUAGGAACAGUAACGAUGAAAAUCUUGGCGCCCUCCUGAAGGACUGGCGACGUCUUAAUGUUGCCAUCACAAGAGCCAAGCACAAACUAAUCAUGGUGGGCUGUGUUCCAUCCCUGUGCCGCUAUCCUCCUUUAGAGAAGCUACUCCGCCACUUGCAGUCUGAGGCAAUGAUCUUCAAUCUUCCAGCAGGGGCUCAUGAAAGCAUCCACAAAUGUAAUGUUUUAUGA